AUGACUUCCACAACUUGUUUUUGGUGCCUUUUAUCAUUAAAAGAUCUAAGCUUCGUUUAUCUUUCUUCAUGGCUUUCUAAAGCCCUUGGUCCGGAGCAUGAUUUAAUGUUAGGAACCUCAUUUUUUGAUUAUUUUCAUCCCGAAGAACAAGAAUUGGCGCGUCGUGAUUUGACUGAAUUCGUUAAAAAGAAAACUUUGACUUGUUCCGUGACAAGAUGUCAAUAUAAUUCUAUUCAAGCCAUAAAAAACAAGUUACAACAAUCUAUGAUUCCUUCGUCGAAAUCUUUUCAACAAAUGACACAAUAUUCUCCUGUUUCAUCUACAAUGACGUCGCCCACUUCUGUACAGACCACCAAUGAUGAAUUUAUAAUCAUGAAUGUUGGAAUGAACGUCGUUAGUCAAGAUAUUGUAUUGGCCUGCUUCCAUUCCGAUGAUAAAUUAACGUCCCUUAUGCACAAACAUGUGGCAAAUGGAUUGUCCAAGGUUCAAACGCCACCCUCUACACCAUUUUCCGAGAAUUCUUUUAACGGUAACAACGACGAAACGCCAAAUCGUAUAUUUCAAAUCUUUGAUAGAAAAUCUCUGGAUUUGAUUUUCACAUGGCCACAGCCAUUUUCCAAUUUCGACUCGACCGAUUCAACUUCAGAUUUAUAUAACAAAGAUGAUUUCUCAAGACUUUUACAAGAUGUUUUGAUGACAAAAAAUAAUCAUGCUGGGAUAAAUAGAAAUGGUUCAAAUGAUCCUGAUAAGAAGACUAAUAAGGCGGACGCCGGGUCACCGAAUUGUUUAAAGCUCGUUUCUGAUAAACAUAUUAUAUUGUUAUCUUCAGGAACUUAUCGUCAAGUUGAAAGUGUGGUAAUCUCUUAUGGUGAUAUUAUUUUCUCUUACUUUCAAAUCCUACCUCCCGCUUCUUCAAAAGUUUCAUUGGGAGUUUCUUCAGCUUUCAUUAAACCAAAAUCAAAAUCAGCACCUUGUUCACCCGCUACUACAAUUAAUGAUAGUAAUUGUCCUGUCAAAAGGCCUAGAUCGCCUGGAUCCCUCUCUCCUUUGUCGUCUUCUUGCAUUAGUUCUGAGAUCCACCAUUAUGUUCAAAAUUUUACUUAUUUACAAGACGACGUUCCUGAAUUCUAUCUUAACCAUCGUACCAAAAAACAUCGAGUUUCUGAACCACCUUCUGCGUCAAUUGGUUCGUCUGAUAAUGAUUCAAAAGUACAUCUCGUGAACGGUUCACCUUCUCCGACUCAUUCUCCUCGUAAAUUGUCCCGUUUAUUACCUUCAUAUCAACCUCCUUCUCCCUCAUAUCAACUUAAUUCCCCACCAUAUCAGGGUAAUCCUUCCUCAUAUCAAGGUAAAAACCCUUCAUAUCAAAGUAAAACCUCUUCAUAUCAACCUAUCCUUCCUUCACAACAAUUACGACACAUACAACCUUGUCCUCCUCAAAUCACAAUUGCAAAAGACCAAAAAGCUUCACAACACCCGCAACAAUCAUAUCAUCCUCGUAUUCUCCCAGCAACACAACCUUCUUCUCAACAACAGCAAAGCUAUCCUUCUCCCACAAAUCGUCCUGCUCCAUUCUUGACACAAAAUUACCCUCCCGUGUUACCGCGUCAACAACCGUCCUCACAAUCGUCAUCUGCGGCUAACCAAACUCGACGGUUCUCCCAAUUCUCGCCUCAUCAACGUCGAACCAGUAACAACAAUAAGAAUACUAGCGGCGUUAAGAAAUGUGAAAGUUGUCAUACCUCUUCUAGUCCUGAAUGGCGCCGAGGUCCAACUGGACACAAGACCUUAUGUAAUGCUUGCGGGUUGAGAUAUUCUCGUACUAUUGCGAGAGAAAAUCGCAAAAGAGAACAAGCUCAACGUGAUCAAGAACAACGUCAACGUGAGCAAAGAGAACGCGAAGAACGUGCUCGCGAGAGAGCCGCUGCGAUGAUGAUGCAAAGAGUAAUCGAACCAUUUUCUCAAUAUAGACCGGCUAUAGUAGCCGUUUCGGCGUCUCAUUAUCAUUACCCAGAAACAUCUCAUUAUCAUCACCAUCAUAUUCAUCCUACUCAACUCCCACCUAAUUAUCCUCAGCAACGCCAAUUGGAUGUUUCACAACCAGAAGAUUUAACUGCUUCACAUGAUUACAAUUUACCUCGGCCAAAUUAUUUUGAAAGACAACAAAGUGAAUCAUGUGCAAGUACUAUUAAUAAUAGUAGUUAUCAAACGGAUGAUUCUGAUGAUCAUCGCAGAUCACAACUUAUGACAACCGCUAAUUAUUUGUAUCCAAAAGAAGCCUACUUCCACCGCAAUCAAUAA